AAACCCAAAUUAACUUAAGUAUUCUAUUCAAGCCCAAAACUAACUAAAACAUAGCAUUUUUCUUCAAAAACCUAAAUAUUUAACGAAGUAUUAUUCUGUUCUUAAUUUUAAUUUUCAAAUGAAAUUUAAAUUUCUUCACUUUUAACUAUACUAAAAGAAUGAACAUCAAUAAUUUUAAAAAAAAUUGUAUUUUUUUUAACUCCAAAUAUAAUAAAAUCAUUCUAAUUAAUUUUUUCGACUUUAAUUUUCCCUUAAAAAGUUAAUUCUGGAAUAUUUUUAGGUAAAUAUUAUUCUGAAUUUAGUAGAUUUUAUUUAUCAAUAGCCUAAAUUUAAUAUGUUUUUUCCUCAUCUUUAUCUUAAUAAUUAUUCGAAAAUAAAAAAAUUAAUUAAUUCUAAAAUUCAAGAAUUUUCUUUAAAAAAAACUCAAAAGGAAUCCAUAAAUUAACUAACUCUAAAACAUUAUGUAAAUUAAAAAUUUUUAUUCUACAAUAGCUAUCCGCUAAUAUCAAAUAAUCUUAAUUCUUUUCUAAAUGGACACCCUAAAAGCCCUUUUAAAUAACCAAAUUAUUCGAAUUUUCAUAUGUAGGUAGUAAGUCUCCUUCUUAUUUUAAUAUUUUUUCCAUUCCAAAACUAUAAAUAUCACCAUAUUUAUCUGUCACAUAUAUUUUUUCUGUAUAUAAAGAAUAAAAUGCAUGAGUUACUUUUUUUGGAAGACUAGCUUAUUUUAAUAAAUUUAAAUUGUUAGAAUGUUCAUCUUUGGUGAAUAUUUUGACUUAUUUAUCAUGAGAUGCUGUAUAAAAAUAAUCUUUUUGAGCAUAUUUAAAUGACCCAAAGCAUUUUAUUUUAU